UUCCUAACAGUACACUCAACUGGCAACUCUAUUUUUAGCCAGUACAAGUUGAACCUGUGAUGAGGUCGAACCUCAAGCACUCUAUGUACUCGAAUUCAAAGUUUGGUACUUGAACAACAAACUCGGUUUAAUAACAGAAACUGAUAGCAUGACAAGCGUAAUAUUUUUAAGUUGAUAAUAUUAUAUUAGAUUCAGAAUGUAAUAGAGUGCCGCUAGUCAGUUAGUGCAGUGGUAACGGUUGGACGCGCAAAACUUUUAACUUUUAUAUUAAGUGACAAGCAACUGUUCAACAUGGGCGUGUUAUCGACGAUAUUCCUAACAUCAACGGCAGUAUUUAUUAUUGUCAUAAGUUUGGCGAUUCAUCACAUUGGUAAACCACAAAGUGUGCCGGUUUUGGAGGAAGUCUAUUGGGGACCUGGUAGUCCACCAGCUAAGCAACGUACGGAUGUGUCCCCAAUGAAGGUUACCUUUACCGAAGAGAUGAUUAAAGACUUGAAAAACCGUUUGGCCAAUACAAGAUACACACCACCUUUAGAAGGUAUAGCACAGGAAUAUGGAUUCAACACGGAUCUUCUCAAAGAAAUCGUUGAUUUCUGGCAAACAAAGUACAAUUUCAAAGAGCGGGAGACAUACCUCAACAAAUAUCCCCACUUUACGACUAAUAUCCAAGGCCUUGACAUUCAUUUCAUGCAUAUUAAACCCAAGGACACUAAAGGUCUCACCGUUUUACCGCUGUUAAUCUUACACGGAUGGCCGGGUUCUUUCAGGGAGUUCUAUAACCUAAUUCCUCUGCUCACCACCAGAAAUCCUAACCAUAACUUUGUUUUCGAAGUGAUUGCACCGUCUCUACCAGGUUUUGGAUAUUCUCAAGCCCCUGCUAAGCCAGGCUGCGGGGCUUUGGAAAUGUCUGUCAUCAUGAAGAACCUUAUGUUGCGUUUGGGCCAUACUCAGUUUUAUCUUCAAGGUGGUGAUUGGGGUAGCAUAGUCGCAGCUAACUUGGCGACAUUAUUCAGAGAACACGUACUUGGCAUCCACUGCAAUAUGUGCUUCGUAUCAACGCCAUUAUCGUGGUUGAAACGCAUUGCGGGUACAUUAUACCCACCCGCCAUUGUGGAUGAAAAGUAUCAAGAGCGUUAUUACCCAAUGAGUGCAUGGUUCAAAAACAUGAUGUUAGAAUCUGGUUAUUUCCAUCUUCAAGCAACCAAACCAGAUACUGUAGGUGUUGGUUUGAAUGACUCGCCUGCUGGUUUGGCUGCCUACAUCCUGGAAAAAUUCACCACUGGAACAAAUGCAGCUUUUAAAGCAAGAAAAGAUGGCGGAUUAAAGGAAUACUUCACCUACGAUGAUUUGUUAGAUAACGUAAUGAUUUAUUGGGUAACAAACAGCAUGACAAGUGGAAUGAGAAUUUACGCCGAGUCAUUUACAAAUAUACAAAGGGUGCCUAUUGUUGUUCCCAGCGCAUGCGCUAAUUUUAGAAACGAACUUUUCUACACACCCGAAGGUGUCUUAAAAGAUCGCUACGUAAAUUUGGUACAAAAUACACAUUAUGAAGAUGGCGGACAUUUCAUUGCGAUGCAAAUGCCGAAGAAAUUGUCUGAAGACUUUUUCGGUGCUGUUGCAAAAAUGGAAGAACAGCAUCAAUUGAAACAAGCAUCAGCAAAACAAUCAUCCAAUGAACUAUAAGUAAUAUAACUUCUGACAAAAUGAUUUUUGUAUUGUUUACAUUAAAUUAAAAUAUAUAUUACAUAAGAUAAUCAA